GAUUCGGGAAACCUAGAGAGCCCUGGGAAUUCCCCUGCACUUCCGGAAGCGACGAUGGAGACCAACCAAAGCUUUCUCCAGCGGAGAUGUGAACUUAACUGCCCAUAUGCCUUGCUUACCACGGAAUCUCCUCCUUGCUACCUGAUACCACGAAAUCUCCUCCUUGCUACCUGCUACUACGGAAUCUCCUCCUUGCUACCUGAUUUCUCUUGAGUGCAUCAUGUCAAGUUACUCUAACGCCGAUUCUGACUACGACUCUGAUCUUGCCGCUCAGCUAGAAGAUGGGGUCUUUGAUAAGGCACGCGCUAGACCUUAUGAGGUACCUGUUCUGCAGAGAAUUCAAUCCUACUGGAAACAGUUCGCUAAGAGCGUUCGAUUACCCACUCCAAAUGAUAACCCCUUUGAUACCGCUCCACCUAUCCCCCAGGUAAAGGUAUAUUUCAAGUGGAGAGUAAAAAAGGGACACGGAUGCCUAACAAGCAAGAUAUGCAUCACAACGCUCGUGAAGGAGUUUGAGCAACUACACCACGCAAUCCGGUAUGGGAGUGGUCAUCGUUACACACAACGUGAGGUAUUUGAAGUAAGAAAGUUUAUUGAGGACCUCUCUAGAGAGGGUGCUUGCACACGGGCUGUCGAGAAGCCAGUCGCUCUCUAUGUCGACGUUGAGGAAAUACUGCGCUUCCUCUGGUGCGAAGACCCGUACAACUGGACCCAUCCUCGUCAGAUAAUACAAAUGACAUGGUAUCUUCUACUUGCCUCCUUCUACGGCCUCCGACCAGGCAAGAUUACAGAAUCAUCACACCAUUGGAACUCAAAUGAGGGGAUCUUGUACAAAGAUGUAUCUCUUUACCUACACAGGCAGGAAGACAAGUCUCUCAAGUAUCUCUUGAAGAUAAAUCUUCGAAAUCGCAAGCAUAGGAGAGGUGUGGAGGGUAUAUCGCAAGUUAUUACUCUAUACGAAGAAAAAGAACCCAACACUCACGCAUGCCCGGUUCGAUGGUUCCUCUACUUGGCCCUCGCAGACGACGUCUUUAGGGACAACAUAAACUUUGACGAACGGUGUCUAAGCCCUACAGUUACAUCCGUGAAAUUUCCUAUUAAACAGGAAAAGGAGAAUUUGCCAGUCCUUCGGGCAAUGGACGGCCCGGGGGGAAAAUCAAUCAGCCCAAACAGACUCUGGAAUGCAGCGAACCUUAGUACCGCACUAGCUGCACUUGGGCGAAGGUGUGGAUAUAAGGAUACUGUUUCUCCUUAUUCAGUUCGACGAGGCUUUGCAAAUGGCAUCGAAGGCAAGACAUCAGCACCUAAGUUAAGGCAGCUUAUGGGUCAUUCAAACGACGGAAUACUACAAGCCUAUUUAUCCCAGGAUGUUGGUAUUGACGCUCAGAAUGCAAUACGAGGUUUGCCUCAAGAUACUGCCCGCAUGGACUCCUGCCGUAGUAUUGGGUUUGCGAGGAAUAAAGAUGCACCAAUGCCCUGGGCAGGCCUAAUAGGGCUACGCCAACCCCCUUGCCCAGACGAGGAUGUGGCUACAGUUGUUACUGUUAAGGAACGAAAAAAGAAAGUAAAAGUCUUCAGACAAAGGUUGCUCUCCGAACGAAGACAGCGUUGCUUCGGUGGUGAAUUGGAAGAUUGCGAGCAAGACGACGAGCUUCUGCACGUUGGCCCAAGUAGGGUGCUUACAAAACCCAUUAUGGAAGAGAUCUUCCGCGUGGACGCGGCUCGAAGGCAGGUGAAAGAAGUCCUAUGGGAACGAAAGAGCACUACCCAUAGCCAUACGUUCCUUCUGCCAGUCCUAAUUGCGAUGGCAAAUCCCAAGCCGUUCGUGGCAGCUUACCCCGAUAUGGAGAACCCCAUUGAUCACGGCCAUUGCACAUCUUGCUCCGGGCACCAGGUCGGCACCAGGAAGAAUACACUGCUAUGA